AAGAAAAAAAAAAAAAAAAAAAACCACGUCAAAAACCGAAAAAUAGAAAAAUGCCACAGAUGACAACAUUAUCAACUGCAGCCAUAUCUUUACUGUCUUUGCUAGCCCUUGUCAACUGCCAAUGGGAAGGUGCGGAAGAGCCCACACAUAUCAUCAAGUUUAAACCGACAGCAGGCCUAGACUAUCUUACUGGUAAAAAAUAAUGGGGCCCUUUUUUUUUUUUCUUAAUUGUCCAACACCCAACAACGACAAAAGGAAUUUCUCAUUUUUGUUACUUUAACUUCAUUAGCUGCAACUGAAUUAUUAAGCCAUCAUCAACAGUUUUUAUCCUCUGCGCGGGAAAAGGAUUUUGCUGCCGCUCAUUCCCCGAUGAACGAGCACAAUUUAUCGCUGGAUCACUUUGAUCUCGGCGCCGGUUUUACGGCGGUGUCGGGGAUCUUUUCUGACGACAAGUUUUUGGAUUAUCUCAGCGGUAUCGCCUCCAUCGAUUACGUAGAGAAAAAUCAAGUCUACAAAACAACGCAUAUUGUGCCGAGACAGUUUUCAGAGACCGUCCUCUACCCUCAAAACAGUACCUUGUCUGUCAAAAAACGUCAAAUGAACGAAUCCGCCGUGAGAAGAGUCAAACCGGCGAGUUGGGGCUUGGCACGUAUUCAACGCCAUGAAAACGGAAACUUGAACGAGUAUGAGUUUGAUCCUAAUGGAGGCCAAGGAAUAGAAGUCUAUGUGCUGGACACGGGCGUAUUUGCAGAACAUGUCGAUUUCAAUGGACGUGCUGAACAUUCCAAAUCCUACGUUCGCAGCGAAGAGGACACGGAUAGGGGGGGUCAUGGCACGCAUGUAGCCGCCAAAAUUAUCGGUGAAGCGUAUGGCGUGGCCAAAGGGGCGGUCGUGAAAUCGGUCAAGAUCCUCAACAAAAACGGCGAUGGAUCCACUUCGGGUCUUUUGAAGGGGAUUGAGCAUGUUAUGGAAGUCGCCACUCCUGGUAAAAGUAUCGUCAACUUAUCCCUUAGCGGGCCUCGUUCCCGACUGCUUGACCAAGCCUUGACGACGCUCGUGACGGAGCAUCAUAUUCCUGUGUUUGUGUCGGCCGGUAAUGCAGGUACAGACGCUUGCUUUUUCUCACCGUCGUCCAAUCCUCAUGUGUUUGCCGUGGGGGCGGUCGACAUCCAUGACGCGGUACCCCGCUUUUCUAAUGUCGGCGAUUGUGUUUCGAUCUACGCUCCCGGUGCCAACAUUGUGAGUGCUUAUGUCGGCGCUCCGGAUGCUGCCAAGGCGAUGGACGGUACCAGCAUGGCCAGCCCUCACGUAGCAGGCAUCGCAGCCAAUUUGAUGAGCCAAAGAGAGUUCAAGUCAGCACAAGAGGUCUACGAUACCAUCCGACAGAUGGCAACACGUGGCGUACUGCAAUUUGACACCUACAAAAGCUCCAGUCCCAACCGUAACCUGCUGGCUUACUUUGAUAAAGUCGAAGCAGCGUCAGCCGCCGCCAGAGCAGCCGCUUACGAGGAAGAGGACGAUGAGGAUGAGGAAUAACUUGAAAAAGAAAAAAGUGGGCUGGAACGGGAUGACAAAAUAGAUUGUGUAUCAUCCUAUCGCACCGCAUGGCUCUACUCC